GCAGUCAUAACCAACCUUAUUGUAGCGGAAGGUCCUACUUGGGUAAGGAUGCGUACAUAGUAAGGUUCAUCUAGCCAGCCUUCUAGAAUAUUACUAUCAAUGUCUCCUCUCAGUUCCAUUUUUUUAUCCAAUUCUAUUCUUAUUGAUCGCUGCUCGCAAGUGACCCUUUCGCGGAUUGCUCCAUUUCAACAUCAUUACCGCGGGCGGAGACUCGACCAUCGCCGACAACACAUCGCUUCGGUAAUAGCUUAUAGCAACAUUCAUAACGAUUAACAUAUCACUACAGUAUCAUUACCAAUGCUUGCUUCGUAACUUUUACUCCUUAAGAGAGGGUUGCGAAGUUAGGUAAAUUUCUAGUAUUUUUUAUCUUUAUUUUUAUUUUUCUUCGCCAUGGCGACCGACGCGAAUCGCGAAGGCAUCGAAGCUACCCACGACACCAGCCCUGAGGUCGUGGAGGAAAAGACUUCGAAGGAACAUGAUUUUGCUGCUGUCAAUUCGGGUUCAGGCUCGGAUGUAGAAGUACCCCUAAGAGGCCCAAACGGAGAGGAAUAUCCUACCGAGGAAGAACUGAAGACGUUACGUCGCGUGAAAGGGCCCAUUAAUUGGAUUAUCUACACAAUCGCCUUCAUCGAGCUCUGUGAGCGAUUUGCUUAUUAUGGAACCACUGCUGUUUUCGUUAACUUCAUUUCCGAACCUCUCCCCGCUGGUUCUACCACCGGCGCCGGUGGCACAGAUUUGCAAGCUGGCGCGCUUGGCCAAGGACAGCAAGCUUCAACUGGCUUGGUGCUCUUUAACAGCUUUUGGUCAUAUUUGAUGCCUUUAGUCGGUGGUUGGGUGGCUGAUGCAUAUUGGGGCAAAUACAAGACGAUUCACGCCGCUGUCGUGAUAGCCAUGUUUGGCCAUAUAAUCCUAAUCGUCUCGACGUUACCACCGGUUAUUGCCAAUCCAAAGGGUUCCCUUGGUUGCUUCUCCCUCGGUCUUAUCUUCUUUGGCAUCGGUGUUGGAUUCUUCAAAGCCAACAUCUCACCUAUGAUUGCCGAGCAGUACGAAAGUCAGCAGCCGAGAGCUAUCAUCAAGGUCUUGAAGAGUGGCGAGCGCGUUGUUGUCGACCCGAUAAUAACCAUAUCAGUUAUUUACAUGCGUUACUAUUUCUUCAUCAAUGUCGGGUCAUUGGUUGGGUCUAUCUCCAUGGUGUAUGCCGAGAAAUAUGUUGGGUUCUGGCUCUCGUUCACCUUACCUACGGCCCUGUUCUUUUGCUGUCCGGUAGUCUUGCUCGCCUUCAAGAACAAAUACGUUCGACGGCCAGCAACCGGUUCGGUCCUCGGCAAGGCCAUAGCUCUGGUUGUUCUAUCGAUGAAGGGUCGCUGGUCUCUAAACCCGAUUACAACUAUCCGACAUAUGCGCGAGCCAGGCUUCUUUGAGAGAGUCAAACCGAGCAAGAUCCCCAAAUCCGAGCGUCCAGAUUGGAUGACCUUCGAUGACCACUGGGUAGACGAGGUGCGCCGUGGUUUCAAAGCUUGCAGCGUCUUUGUUUGGUAUCCUAUCUAUUGGCUUUCCUACAACCAGCUAAACAACAACCUUGUUUCCCAAGCCGCUACAAUGAUCCUCAACGGCGUGCCCAACGACGUGGUGAACAACCUGGACCCUAUCGCCUUGCUGAUCUUUAUCCCUAUUGUCGACAAAUUUGUUUACCCCGCCUUGAGGCGUGUUGGUCUUAACCUAACCCCUAUCAAGAAGAUCACCGGCGGUUUUGCUAUUGGCACUUUAUCGAUGGUGGCCGCUGCUGUGACGCAACAUUAUAUCUACAUGGAGUCACCAUGUAGAUCCGUUUCCGGAUAUGGAUAUGUGACCGACUGCAAAGAAGCUCUAGGUCUUCCAGCAGAUGCGGCCGAGUCCCAGUAUAAAUCGCCGCUAAGCGUCUGGAUCCAAACACCAGCUUACAUUCUCAUCGCUUUCGCCGAAAUCUGCGCGUCAAUCACCGGCCUCGAAUACGCUUUCACCAAGGCGCCGAAGAAUAUGCGAGGCUUUAUCACCGGUAUCUUCUGGUUCUCACAAGCCUUCGCCUCCGCUAUCGGUCAAGCCUUCGUACCCCUCGCAACCGAUCCUUACCUGGUGUGGUUAUACGUGACAAUCGCUAUCAUCUCGGCCCUUGGCGGUAUCGGUUUCUGGUUCAACUUCUCGAAGCUGGACAGCGAGGAGGAAGCGUUAAAUGCUCUUCCCGACAGCCUGUUCAAGGGUAGUCAAAACCAGAACGAGGAUUUCGCUGCUAUAGAAGCGGCACAGGCGGAGCAGGAGAAGAUUCGGCGCGCUCAGGGGCUGGACAAGAAUCUUGCCCCUUAAUUCCGAGGGGAAGCUAGAGUGAGUUUUUGUCGUACUUUCGAGUACAUUUCAGGUAUCUACUGGAUUGAAUGUGCGAAUUUCCCUAGUCGAUUCUCGCUCAAACGAUUGUCGAAGUAGUACCAUAGCCUCUAUUUAUGAUGAUAUGUCGUAUUGGCCUAGCAGAAACGAGUAUACAUGUUACUUGUACACUUCCUUCUCUAUAAAUCGCUUGGUAUCCCAAUGUGACGUAGAACAAAAGACUGCAUGUUGAAGGUACUGGUAUAGUGUUGAUAUAAGAAGUAUAGGUGUGUGACCAGCUAUUAUCUCCUAAUUAAGUGACUUUGUUGUGGAGGUCAAAUACAGAGUCAAUUAUGCCCGAACCACCCCCUUUUACCCCCCCUUUAUCAAACCCAAAGAGAAACCAUGCUCAACAGUAUCCUCCAC